UUGGAACUUUCCCCUUCUUCUUCUUCUUCUUCUUCCCUUUGCUUCAAGGCAGAGUGUCCCAUUUCCCUUGACAGGGCAUUAGAGGGCUUUAUGCAGGAUUCUCUCCAGCGGUUCUUGGUUCCACAGUCGCAUGGCAUGGGGUCUAUAUUUCUUCUUGUUUCCUUGUGCACAAAUCCUAUCUGGUUGGUAAAGACAAGGUUCCAGUUGCAAACCCAUCAUCAAUCUUCUCGGCCAUAUUCUGGACUUUAU